CGGAGCCCGUAUGGGCUGGGGCUCGAAUGGCUCAAAAGUUGUUUUCCCCUCAAAAUGUGAUGCACGUGGAACCCACGUGUUCUGGUUAGGAUAUCAAAUAAAUGAAAAUGAAAAAUAAAACAAACACAGAAAAGAGAGGAGAUAAGAGAGAAAGAGAGAGGGAACUAGAAGACCCCCGACUUGGGUUGUUUAUUAACAACCUCGACGACCACCGACCUGGUGUUCACCGACAACGACUGACCUGGUGUUCACCGACGUCCUCAAGUAAAAUAUUAGCUACAUGCUUCAAUGGAUAUUGAUUCAAACAAUCCUUCAAUAAAUGGGACUGAGGAAGUUGAAGAAGUGGAGAACAAUCCAUCAUUAAAUGAGAUUGGUGAAGUUGAACAACCUAAGAAGGGAAUGUGUUUUAACUCAAAGCAAGAAGUUUAUUCGUUUUAUGCAAAAUAUGCGAAGCACCUUGGAUUUGCUAUAGCUUAUAGGACACAAAAUAUUGGACAAGAUGGGAAAGUAAAAUACUUUGGAAUUGAAUGUACUCGGGCACGCAAAAGAACAAAACGAUCAGAAGUACACCCUCUCGAACCAUCUUUGUCAUCAUUCAUUGAAUGUAAAGCGAAGGUUAGAGCAACUCUACAAAAGGAUGGAAGAUUUAAGUUAACCACCGCUGUGCUUGAACAUACACAUGACUUGAUUCCUACUGACUCACGGCAUUUUGCAAUGAAUAAGAGAAUUGUUACUCCUGUGAAGAGAAGACUAGAAAUAAACGAUGAAGCAGGGAUAGGGGUGGCUAAGAAUUUUCAUUCUAUAGUUGUUGAAGCAGGGGGGUAUGAGGCAUUAACAUUUGAUGAACGAGAUGCAAGGAAUCAUAUUGAGAUUAUGAGAAGAUUGAGGCUUGGGGUAGGAGAUGCCGAAUCAAUUGCACUUUAUUUUCAUAGGAUGCAACAACAAAAUUCGAACUUCUAUUCUGCAAUUGACCUCGAUGAAGAUGGUCGCAUGCGAAACUUGUUUUGGGCGGAUGCAAGGAGUAGGGGAGUUUAUAAAGCAUUUGGGGAUGUGGUUUCUUUUGACACAACCUAUCUCACAAAUAAAUACGAUAUGCCAUUUGCUCCUUUUGUAGGAGUUAAUCACCAUGGGCAGUCAAUUUUGCUUGGUUGUGGGCUGUUAUCUAAUGAGAACACUGAAACAUUUGUGUGGCUAUUCAAAGAAUGGUUAAGUUGCAUGUCAGACGCUCCUCCAAAAGCUAUAAUAACGGACCAGUGCAAAGCUAUGCAAAAUGCCAUUGAAGUUGUCUUCCCACAAGCUCGACAUCGUUGGUGCUUAUGGCAUAUAAUGAAGAAAAUUCCAGAGAAAUUGAGAGGAUAUGCCCAAUAUGAAUCGAUAAAGUUUGCUUUGCAAAAUGCAGUUUAUGAUUCUUUUACAAAAGAUGAAUUUGAUGAAGAAUGGCAAGCGAUGAUUGCAAAGUUCAAUCUGCAUGAUAAUGACUGGUUGGGGGUAUUAUACAGUGAGCGACAUAGGUGGAUUCCUGCCUAUGUAAAGGACGUUUUUUGGGCUGGCAUGUCAACUACACAACGAAGUGAGAGUAUGAAUGCAUUUUUUGAUGGCUAUGUGAACUCAAAGACAACUUUAAAGCAAUUUGUUGAACAAUAUGAUAAUGCCUUGAGAAGUAAGGUUGAGAAAGAGAUGAAAGCAGACUUUAAAUCUCGAAACAAAUUGUAUGAUUGCCUAACGAUGUAUGAGUUUGAGAAGCAAUUUCGUGCAGUCUACACGAAUGCAAAAUUUAAAGAAGUGCAAGUGGAAUUGAAGCGAUUAUUGUAUUGUCGUGCUAAUCUUGUGAAAGAAGAGGGAGCAAUUUGUACUUAUCAUGUCAAGGAGGCUAUUUUAGUCGGUGAGAAAAUGAAGACAGUGGAAUGUGUUGUAUACUUUAAUACAAGUGAAUGUGAAAUGCAAUGUAUGUGUCAGUGGUUUGAGUUUAGAGGCAUUAUGUGUGCCUAUGCAAUUACUGUGCUACUUGAGCGGUGCAUAUAUCAUGUUCCAGAUAAAUACAUUGUAUCAAGAUGGAGAAAAGAUAUCGAAAGAGGCUACACAUGCAUUCUAACCACAUACACUAAAGCCGGGGCUGUUGUUAAUGCAAAGUUGCAUGAUAAAUACCACAAGAUGUUAGAUGAAAUCCUAGAAAUUGCUGCCAAUGAUAAUGGUAAACACCAAGUGCUUGAUCUUGGGUUGAUAGAAAUAAAGGAUAGAGUGAGAAAAGAUCAAUCGAGUAGUGCGAUUCGUUGA